GCAAUUCCCCGGUUAUUUGCUCAAAAACCCCUUACAAGUUACAAGUUGCGAUAGCUCGCCGUCGCCGACCCAAGAAUCGCCGGAAUCUCCGCCGUCGCAAAGUUCGCUUCCUCCUUCGAGGUAUGCUCUUCACGCCCCGAACGCUCUUCUCUUAUCUGCGCAGCUUCAGAUCUGCUCAGUCGUCUUCCAUAAGCCCAGAAAUUAUCUUCCAAAUCAGAUCAAUUUCGAGUUUGAAGGUAGUUUGGCGUAAGGAUCCCAGAUUGGACGAAGCCAUCGAGAGCGACAAGCGGUACAAACUAUGCGCCCGGGUCGUGAGGGAGGUUCUCAACGAGCCAGGCCAAGUGAUUCCACUCCGAUAUCUGGAAAAACGACGGCCGAGAUUGCGCCUCAAUGUGAAAAUCGAGACGUUUAUGAAUCGGAAUCCGGGUUUGUUUGAUACUUACUAUGAUAGAAUUAAACCUAAAUCCGAACCCGUUUUGUUUAUACGUGCGAGCGAUCGGCUUAGGGAGUUUCUCRAAGAAGAGGAGAGGAUUACGACCGAAAACGAAGCGUUGAUCGUGUCGAAAUUGUGUAAAUUAUUGAUGAUAUCGAAGGAUAAAGUGCUUAGCGUUGAUAAAUUGGUGCAUGUGAAGAGGGAAUUUGGGUUUCCGAAUGAUUUUCUGGUCAAUCUGGUGCCGAAGUAUCCGGAAUAUUUUCAGCUAGUUGGAAGUCCCGGAGAAGGCAAAUCGUUUCUUCAAUUGGUUUCGCGAAACCCUAAUUUUUCGAAAUCAGUAAUCGAGACAAGAGCCGAUGACGAAUCCAGAUUAACAGGCAUUCGUGUUCGCCCCAAUUUUGACUACAAGCUUCCUCCUGGAUUCAUCUUGAGGAAGGAAAUGAGGGAAUGGGUUAGAGAUUGGCUAGAGCUAGACUACAUAUCACCAUACGAGGACGUGACCCAUUUGGCCCAAGCUUCGCCGGAGAUGGAGAAGAGAACAGUUGCAGUUUUCCACGAAUUGCUAUCGCUUUCGCUACACAAGAGGAUUCCGGUGCCGAUAUUGGGAAAAUUUAGUGAUGAGUAUCGAUUUUCAAACGCAUUCUCCAGCAUAUUCACAAGGCAUUCUGGGAUAUUCUAUAUGUCGUUGAAGGGUGGGAUUGGGACGGGGAUGCUCAGAGAAGCAUAUAAGGGUGACCAGCUGAUUGAUCGUGACCCAUUGCUUGAGAUAAAAGAUAAGUUUGUGGAGUUGUUGGAGGAAGGAUGGAGGGAGAGAGCUGAGUGGCGAAGGCAACAGACAAAACAACUCAAGAUGGACAUGGAAUUGAUGGCUGCAAGGGCUGUUCACCUGAAGGGCUGAAGUACAAUGAUGAGGAUGACCCUGCCAGGAAUGAACUCAACAAGAUUUUGAUGAAGGUUAUUCACACAUCCAUGGGAUUUAUUUCAAUUCUCGUGUGCCACCUACCAAACUGGUCUCAAAAUGAAUGAGGCCAUAACAAAAYACCAACCAAACAAAACCUAAAACCUGAUCUGUUGGUAACUGGCUUCACUCCCACAAGAGAAAAAAAAUGCAAAACAAACACUGACCCUGUGAUCUUAUGAAUUCUGUACUGUAUAAAUACAAUGGGUAUCAGUCUGCUACAGCUAGAAAGCCUUCCCAGGUACCUGUGUUCUUGCUUUGACAAGGAAAAGCUAGAUAGGCUGCUUGAAUGGCGAGGUCCGGGAUCCUCGUACUGGUAUUAGCGCUGUUCUUGGUGCUGGUUACCAACACAGAGAGUCAAUGGCAGCCGCCAGAGGUGCCAGAGGUUGCUCCCCCUCCGCUCUGCGCCUCCCAGAUAGCGCUAGUAAACUAUGCCUGCGGAAUGCUGCCUUACACCCCAGUGCUGCCAACUCCGCCUUCACCACCAUCACUCUUUGAUAACCAUGAAACCCAAUGCCCUCAGCCCAGCAUCC